UCGGGUGCGGCGGCGGUCGGCCGGGCGAGGUCCCUUGUGGGUCCGGCGGCUCCGCGGCUGCUCCACUACGAGCGCCAGGCGCGCCCCGCGCCCUCCCAUCUCCGCGGGGCCGCCGGGCUGGGGGAUGCGCGCAGCGCCCGGGAGCCAUGGUCCGUUUCGGGGACGAGCUGGGCGGCCGCUAUGGGGGCGCCGGCGGCGGGGAGCGGGCCCGGGGCGGCGGGGCCGGCGGGGCGGGCGGCCCGGGCCCUGGGGGUCUGCAGCCGGGCCAGCGGGUCCUCUACAAGCAGUCGAUCGCCCAGCGCGCGCGGACCAUGGCGCUAUACAACCCCAUCCCGGUCAAGCAGAACUGCUUCACCGUCAACCGCUCGCUCUUCGUUUUCAGCGAGGACAACGUCGUCCGCAAAUACGCCAAGCGCAUCACCGAGUGGCCUCCGUUUGAGUACAUGAUUCUGGCCACCAUCAUCGCCAACUGUAUCGUGCUGGCACUGGAGCAGCACCUCCCCGACGGAGACAAGACGCCCAUGUCUGAGCGGCUGGACGACACGGAGCCGUACUUCAUCGGCAUCUUCUGCCUCGAGGCCGGGAUGAAGAUCGUUGCGCUGGGCUUCGUCCUGCACAAGGGCUCCUACCUGCGGAAUGGCUGGAACGUCAUGGACUUCGUGGUGGUCCUCACGGGGAUCCUCGCCACAGCUGGCACUGACUUUGACCUGCGAACCCUGCGGGCUGUGCGUGUGCUGAGGCCCCUGAAGCUGGUGUCUGGGAUUCCAAGUCUGCAGGUGGUGCUCAAGUCCAUCAUGAAGGCCAUGGUUCCGCUCCUACAGAUCGGGCUGCUUCUCUUCUUCGCCAUCCUCAUGUUUGCCAUCAUUGGCCUCGAGUUCUACAUGGGCAAAUUCCACAAGGCCUGUUUCCCCAACAGUACAGACGCAGAGCCGGUGGGCGACUUCCCCUGUGGCAAGGAGGCCCCAGCCCGGCUGUGCGAGGGUGACACUGAGUGCCGGGAGUACUGGCCGGGACCCAACUUCGGCAUCACCAACUUUGACAACAUCCUGUUCGCCGUCCUGACGGUGUUCCAGUGCAUCACUAUGGAGGGCUGGACCGACAUCCUCUACAACACCAACGAUGCGGCUGGCAACACCUGGAACUGGCUCUACUUCCUGCCCCUCAUCGUCAUCGGCUCCUUCUUCAUGCUCAACCUGGUGCUGGGCGUGCUCUCGGGGGAGUUCGCCAAGGAGCGCGAGCGGGUGGAGAACCGCCGGGCCUUUCUGAAGCUCCGCCGGCAGCAGCAGAUCGAGCGGGAGCUCAACGGGUACCUGGAGUGGAUCUUCAAGGCCGAGGAAGUUAUGCUGGCCGAGGAGGACAAGAACGCAGAGGAGAAGUCCCCUCUCGAUGCAGUGUUGAAGAGAGCAGCCACCAAGAAGAGCCGGAACGACCUGAUCCACGCGGAGGAGGGGGAGGACCGUUUUGCAGACCUCUGUGCUGUGGGGUCCCCCUUUGCCCGAGCCAGCCUCAAGAGCGGGAAGACGGAGAGCUCGUCGUACUUCCGCAGGAAGGAGAAGAUGUUCCGGUUCUUCAUCCGGCGUCUGGUGAAGGCGCAGAGCUUCUACUGGGUGGUGCUGUGCGUGGUGGCCCUGAACACGCUGUGCGUGGCCAUGGUGCACUACAACCAGCCCCAGCGGCUCACCACGGCGCUGUACUUUGCAGAGUUUGUUUUCCUGGGUCUCUUCCUCACAGAGAUGUCCCUGAAGAUGUACGGCCUGGGGCCCAGGAGCUACUUCCGGUCCUCCUUCAACUGCUUCGAUUUUGGGGUCAUCGUGGGGAGCAUCUUCGAAGUGGUCUGGGCGGCCAUCAAGCCAGGAACCUCCUUUGGGAUCAGUGUGCUGCGGGCACUCCGGCUGCUGAGAAUCUUCAAAGUCACGAAGUACUGGAGCUCCCUGCGGAACCUGGUGGUGUCGCUGCUCAACUCCAUGAAGUCGAUCAUCAGCCUGCUCUUCCUGCUCUUCCUCUUCAUCGUGGUCUUCGCCCUGCUGGGCAUGCAGCUCUUCGGGGGACAGUUCAACUUUCAGGACGAGACUCCGACGACCAACUUCGACACCUUCCCCGCCGCCAUCCUCACGGUCUUCCAGAUCCUGACUGGGGAGGACUGGAACGCGGUGAUGUAUCAUGGGAUCGAAUCGCAAGGUGGAGUCAGCAAAGGCAUGUUCUCGUCGGUUUACUUCAUUGUCCUGACGCUGUUUGGAAACUACACUCUGCUGAACGUCUUCCUGGCCAUCGCCGUGGACAACCUUGCCAACGCGCAGGAACUGACCAAGGACGAGGAGGAGAUGGAAGAAGCAGCCAACCAGAAGCUUGCUCUGCAAAAGGCCAAAGAAGUGGCUGAAGUCAGCCCCAUGUCUGCCGCCAACAUCUCCAUCGCCGCUUUUGUAAAGCAAACUCGAGGUACUGUAUCUCGCAGCUCAUCUGUCUCCAGCGUAACCUCACCGCAUCAGAACUCGGCCAAGGCGCGCUCGGUGUGGGAGCAGCGGGCCAGCCAACUGCGGCUGCAGAACCUACGAGCCAGCUGCGAGGCGCUGUACAGCGAGAUGGACGCCGAGGAGCGGCUGCGCUUCGCCACCUCCCGCCACCUGCGGCCCGACAUGAAGACGCACCUGGACCGGCCGCUCGUGGUGGAGCCGGGCCGGGACGGCGCGCGGGGGCCCGCGGGGGGCAAGGCCCGGCCCGAGGGCGCGGAGGCUGCCGAGGGCGCGGACCCGCCGCGCAGGCAUCACCGGCACCGAGACAGAGACAGGGACAAGGCCGCGGCCGCGGCCCCGGCGCCGGCGCCGGCGGGGGAGCAGGACACGGCGGACGCCCCGAAGGCGGAGGGCGGGGAGCCGGGGGCCCGGGAGGAGCGGGCACGGCCGCGCCGCAGCCGCAGCAAGGAGGCCGCGGGCCCCCGGGAGGCCCGGAGCGAGCGUGGCCGCGGCCCGGGACCCGACGGCGGCCGGCGCCACCACCGGCGCGGCUCCCCGGAGGAGGCGGCAGAGCGGGAGCCCCGGCGCCACCGAGCGCACCGGCACGUGCCCGAGCCGGGCAGGGAGGGCGCGGCGCCCGGGGCUAAGGGCGAGCGGCGAGCGCGGCACCGCGGCGGCCCCCGGGCCGGCCCCCGGGAGGCGGAGAGCGGAGAGGAGCCGGCGCGGAGGCACCGCACGCGGCACAAGGCGCCGUCCGCGCACGAGGAGGCGGAGAAGGAGGCCGCCGCGGAGAAGGAGGGCGAGGUGGGGGACAGGGACGAAGACAAGGAGCUCCGCAACCACCAGCCUAGGGAGCCACACUGUGAUCUGGAGGCCAGUGGGGUAAUGGGUGUGGGCCCUGUGCAUGCCCUGCCCAGCACCUGUCUAGAGAAGGUGGAAGAACAGCCCGAGGAUGCAGAUAAUCAGCGGAACGUUACUCGAAUGGGCAGUCAACCCUCGGAUCUGAGCACCACUGUGCACGUCCCAGUGAUGCUGACUGGCCUUCCUGGGGAGACCACGGUCGUUUCCAGUGGUAACGUGGACCUGGAAAGCCAAGCAGAAGGGAAGAAGGAGGUGGAAGCUGAUGAUGUGAUGAGGAACGGCCCCCGACCCAUCGUCCCUUACAGCUCCAUGUUCUGCUUAAGCCCCACCAACCUGCUCCGCCGCUUCUGCCAUUACAUCGUGACCAUGCGGUACUUCGAGAUGAGCAUCCUCGUGGUCAUUGCCCUGAGCAGCAUCGCCCUGGCCGCUGAGGACCCUGUGCAGACAGACUCGCCCAGGAACAACGUGCUGAAGUACAUGGACUACAUCUUCACAGGCGUCUUCACCUUUGAGAUGGUGAUAAAGAUGAUCGAUUUGGGACUGCUGCUGCACCCUGGUGCGUACUUCCGGGACCUCUGGAAUAUUCUGGACUUCGUUGUGGUCAGUGGGGCCCUGGUGGCAUUUGCCUUCUCAGGCUCCAAAGGGAAAGACAUCAACACCAUCAAGUCCCUGAGGGUCCUGCGUGUGCUGCGGCCGCUCAAGACCAUCAAGCGGCUGCCCAAGCUCAAGGCUGUGUUUGACUGUGUGGUGAACUCCCUGAAGAACGUCCUCAACAUCUUGAUUGUCUACAUGCUCUUCAUGUUCAUAUUUGCCGUCAUCGCGGUGCAGCUCUUCAAGGGGAAGUUUUUCUACUGCACCGACGAGUCCAAGGAGCUGGAGCGGGACUGCAGGGGCCAGUACUUGGAUUAUGAGAAGGAGGAGGUGGAGGCUCAGCCGCGGCAGUGGAAGAAAUACGACUUCCACUACGACAACGUGCUCUGGGCCCUGCUGACCCUGUUCACAGUGUCCACGGGGGAAGGGUGGCCCAUGGUGCUGAAACACUCAGUGGACGCCACCUAUGAGGAGCAGGGCCCGAGCCCUGGGUACCGCAUGGAGCUGUCCAUCUUCUACGUGGUCUACUUCGUGGUCUUCCCCUUCUUUUUCGUCAACAUCUUUGUGGCCUUGAUCAUCAUCACCUUCCAGGAGCAGGGGGACAAGGUCAUGUCUGAAUGCAGCCUGGAGAAGAAUGAGAGGGCUUGCAUCGACUUCGCCAUCAGCGCCAAACCCCUGACGCGGUACAUGCCCCAGAACAAGCAGUCGUUCCAGUACAAGACGUGGACGUUCGUGGUCUCGCCACCCUUCGAGUAUUUCAUCAUGGCUAUGAUAGCCCUGAACACUGUGGUGCUGAUGAUGAAGUUCUAUGACGCGCCCUACGAGUACGAGCUGAUGUUGAAGUGUCUGAACAUCGUGUUCACGUCCAUGUUCUCCAUGGAGUGCGCGCUCAAGAUCAUCGCCUUCGGGGUGCUGAACUAUUUCAGAGACGCCUGGAACGUCUUUGACUUCGUCACCGUGUUGGGAAGUAUUACUGAUGUUUUAGUAACAGAGAUUGCGAACAACUUCAUCAACCUCAGCUUCCUCCGCCUCUUCCGCGCCGCCCGACUCAUCAAGCUGCUCCGCCAAGGCUACACCAUCCGCAUCCUGCUCUGGACCUUCGUCCAGUCCUUCAAGGCGCUGCCCUACGUGUGCCUGCUCAUCGCCAUGCUGUUCUUCAUCUACGCCAUUGUCGGCAUGCAGGUGUUUGGAAACAUCGCCCUGGAUGACGACACCAGCAUCAACCGGCACAACAACUUUCGGACGUUUCUACAAGCCUUGAUGCUGCUGUUCAGGAGCGCCACUGGGGAGGCCUGGCACGAGAUCAUGCUGUCCUGCCUCGGCAGCCGGGCCUGCGACGCGCUCGCCAAUGCCGCUGAGUGUGGGAGCGACUUCGCCUACUUCUACUUUGUCUCCUUCAUCUUCCUCUGCUCCUUUCUGAUGUUGAACCUCUUUGUGGCGGUGAUCAUGGACAAUUUUGAGUACCUUACGCGGGACUCUUCCAUCCUAGGGCCUCACCACCUGGACGAGUUCAUCCGGGUCUGGGCUGAGUACGACCCGGCUGCGUGUGGGCGCAUCAGUUACAAUGAUAUGUUUGAGAUGCUGAAACACAUGUCCCCGCCCCUGGGGCUGGGGAAGAAAUGCCCUGCUCGAGUUGCAUACAAGCGCCUCGUUCGUAUGAACAUGCCCAUCUCCAACGAGGACAUGACCGUCCACUUCACGUCCACGCUGAUGGCCCUCAUCCGGACCGCACUGGAGAUCAAGCUGGCUCCAGCCACAGGAGACACAGGUCUGCAUUGUCUCUGAUUUCUCCUUUCCUAGUCUGCAGUCCAUCUUUCAGUGCAAAGCUUUGUUGGAACUGCUCUUGUCAAGCUCCGCAGGGACCUCCCCUUCUCAGCCCUUGCCUUACGGACCUGUCCACAGCCUUUCCGCAGUUGUGACUCCCUUCUGUGUGAAACCCCUUUGUGUCUCUUUUUCUGUCUUCUCCCAACCUCUGAAGGUCACUGUGUGCCUCAGGCAUACAUUCUCACCUUUUCCCAUGGCUUCCAACGUUGUGAAUUCCAAUUUUGUAUUUUUAGUCCAGGUCUGCUCCUACACCCCAGGCUUAUAUACCCGAUAAAUUAUUCACCGUCUGUACUUGGAGGCCCAGUGAGCAUCCAGCGUUCACGUGCUGGCCCUCGAGUCCCAGAUACUCCCCAGAUUCCUCCCUGCCUCCAUCAGUGGAAACUGCUGUUAGAGUUGCUCAAGCCAAAACUUUUGCAGUCGUUUUUCUGUCCUACUUUCUUUUCUUACCCUACUUCUGAUCCAUAUCUGAACCCGUAUAGUAUCUUCUGACUCCACCUUCAAAAUACACUUAGAAUAUGAUCACUUGUCCAACCUUUCCUACUGCCACCUCCUGGUCCAAGUCACUCUUGUUCUUCUUGACUGGGUUGUUGCAGUAACCUUCUAACUGGUCUGCUUCUGCCCUUGCCUCUUUCAGUCUACCUUCAACACAACAGCCAGAAUGAUCAUGUUAAAAAUCAAACCAGUAAAAUUAUCAAACCUCUAGCUAGCCUGAUCACGAAAAAUAGAUAAAAAAUAACCAAUAUAAGGAACGAAAGAGGGAAUAUCACUGUAGAUCCUGCUGACAUUAAAUGGAUAACAGGGAAAUUUUGUAAACAACUUUAUGUCAAUAACUUCAGUAACUUAAAUGAAAUGGAAAAAUUCCUUGACACAAACUAUGAGGCUCAUUCAAAAAUAGAUAACCUGGAAAAAUAAAAGGAAAUAGGUAACCUUAGUAAUGCUGUAUAUAUUAAAUAAAUUAAAUUCAUAGUUAAAAAUCUUCCAACAAAGAAAAUCAUGGGCCCAAUUUGUUUCAUUGAUGAAGUCAACCAGACGUUUAAGGAGGAAAUAAUUCUAUACAAAGUCCUGUAGACAGUAGAAAAAGAGAAGGUAUUUCCCAAUUUAUUUUACGAGGCCAGCAUUACUCUGAUACCAAAACUGACAGAGACAUUACAAGCAAAAAAAUUACAGACAAACAUUCCUCAUGAAUAUGAACAAUAAAAUUUUCAACACAACUUUAGCGAACUGAACAUGUUGAUUAAAGUAGGGUUUAUCCCAGGAAUGAAAAAUGCAAGGUGGGUUCAAGUUUAAAAAUCAAUCAAUAUAACUUAAUAUAUCAAGGAGGAAAAACUAUAUGAUUAUCUCAAUAGAUGCAGAAAAAGCUUUGACAAAAUUCAACAUCCAUUUAUGAUACAUAAAUUCUACAUAAACUAGAAAUGAAAGCAAACUUCCUCAAUCUGAUCAAGGAUAUCUAUGAUAAACCUACAGCUGAUGACAUGCUUAACAGAGAAAGCCUGGCUCCUUUCCCCCUAAGAUCAGUAACGAGGCAAGGAUGUCUCCUGUCGCCAUUUUUGUUCAAUAUCAUACUUGAGGCUCUAGCCAUUGUAACAAGUCAAGAAAAAGAAAUAAGAGGUGUACCAAUUGGAAAGAAAUAAAUAAAAUUGUCUCUAUUCAUGACUGACAUGAUUAUCUAUACAGAGAAUCUUAAAGAAUCAAAUAAAAAGUUAAUAAAACCAAAGCAUCUACGAGCCUAGGAAUACCAAGGAUUGCUGGGAACCACCAGAAGCUAGGAAGAGACAAGAAGCUUCUUCAUUAGAGCCUCCCAAGGGAUCACAGCCUUGUCGAUACCUUGAUUUUGAGCUUCUGGCCUCCAGAACUGAGACAAUAUAUUUCUGUUGUUUAAAGCUGUGAGAAGAAGUUACUGAAACUAAUACCUGAGUACAGCAAGGUCAGUAUAUGAAAAGCAAAUGUAUUUCUAUAGAUUAGCAAUUAACAACUGACAUUGAAAAAGUUCCAUUAAAAUUGCACCAAAACCAUCAAAUCACUGGCUAACUCUAAAAAUAUAUAUGCUAGAGUGUAUGCUGCGAAUUUCAGAACAUCGACCGAAGGGGUCUUCUUUAAUAAAUGAGCCAAGCACGGCAUCGUGUUCAUUGGGAGGCUCAGUACCGACAGUUCUCAUAUGGAUCGGUAGGCUCAGUGUUAUGCCAGGCAAAACCCCAACAGGCUUUCUGGGUUGGAAUUUAUAAACUGAUUCUAAAAUAUACCUAGAAAAGCACACAAACUUGAGGAACAAAAACAAUUUUGCAAAAAGAAUAAAGUGUUUCAGCCGUUUAAAGAAUGACAACGGUAAGUACUGAUGAGAACGCAGAAAACUCGAGUUCUCGUGUUCCUAGUGUGGACACAGUGGUGCCGCCGCUUUGGAAAACAGCUUCACCGUUCUUGAUCGUGUGGCCCAGGCAUCCCACUCCUAAGGGAGAUGACAUGAAAGUAUACACGCACACAAAAACCUAUACGCUAAAGUUUGUGGCUUUAUUCAUAAUCGUGCCAAACUGUAAACAACUCAACCAUCAGCCACAUGGUGACGGAUAAUCAAACUGUGGUGUGUCUGUGCGAUGAGACGGUUCUCACUCAGCAACAGAGAAACAGGCUACCGAUGUGCGUGGGUGGGGCUCAGAUGCAUCGUGCUGGGUGAAAAGUCAGACUCGACAGCAUGUUGUGUGAAGCCAUUUGUAUGACAUUCUGAGAAGAUGAAACAGUUGAGACAGAAAACACAUCGCUGAUGCCAGGGCCCUGGGAGAGGGCGAAGGGGUGGGCCACAAAGGGUACGGAGGGAGCUGGGCAGGGGUGCCGAGCUCCUGCCUGGAUUGUGAUGGUGGAUCCACGGUCAUAUGCAUUUACCAAAGUUCACAGAGUGGGAGAACUAACAGGGUGAAUGUUUAUGUACGUAAAUCACACUUUAAUAAACACGAUGUUUACAAAAAGAUGGAUCAGAGUACUUUAUUCCUCUGCUUGGACCCUCUGCUGCUUCCUGUCUCAGCGGCCCCCACCUGCACGUCCUCUCCCUCUGCUCCAGCCUCGCCCUCCUGGCUCCCUGGCCCCCUUCAGGGUCCCGUGAGCCCUUUCCUGACCGUUCUGUCCAAACUGCAGCCCUCCUGAUAGUUCCUGUCCCUCCCCUCUUGGUUUUUCCUGUAUCCAACAGACUGGAUUUUUAACUUACUGCUACUUUAUCGUAGACUAAAAUCAUGUACCUCCACAAGGGCAGCUUCCUUUGGAUUUGUUCCCUCACCUAGAACAACACCUGGUGUUCGGUGGGCGCUCAGUAACUUUUAUGGAAUGAUUGAUGAAUGGCUGGAACACUGCGGUGUCCCUGCCCAAUCCCAUCGCCACCCACGCCUACACGCCCUCUCACCCUCGCCACUGGGCGGCUCAGCUCCCACACCUCUUUAGACAGGUUCUGGCGGGGAGCGCUUUGACCAGCCUCCAAGGCAGUGUUUCUCCCCCCUGCACCUUUCCUCCAGCACGGGGUCUCUCCCCGCCCACCCCAGCUCCGCCUGUUCCCCCGAGGGGGCUGUGGGAUGGCUCCUAACAUCUCUCCUCCCU